CAUGCUGUACUCGCGGCGGCCCGGCCCUCGCCCGGGAGUGCGUGCGUGUGUGUGUAUGUGUGUGCGUGUGCGCGCGGGUGUGUGCGCGGGUGAGUGUGUGUGCGCGCGCGGGCGGGAGUGGGCGCGCGCGGGGAAAGGCCCGAAAACACCUUAGUUUGCACCGAGAGACCAUUUGCAGCGGAAGCUGAAAGUUUUGGAGAGGAAGACAGCGCGCGAGGAGCGAGCGGGCGAGGGGCGGCGGCGGCGGCGCCGGGGACCAUGGUGCUGCCCGCGCCUCCUCCGCGGGCGUGAAGGCGGCGCUCCCACUCCCUGCGGGACUCAGCCGGUGGCCCAGAAGCUUCUGCUGACAAUUCCAGUUUCCAAACAAGACAUUUUGGCAAUGGUGAGGGCUUCGAUCCCUUCUCUGAUUUGUUGUCAGCCAUGAACGGAUGGAUGUGAUGUCUGCUAGCCAAAAGGUGUCCCUCUGUGUGUUGCAGUCCUGUGGCAUUAUGCACGCCUCCUGCCAGUGACCCCAAGCUUUUUAUGGCUGUGAGACACGUUCAAAGCUCAGGGGUGAGAGGUGACCUUUUGAGGUGACUAUAACUGAAGAUUGCUUGACAGAAGCCAAAAAGAAAAGGUUUUUGAGUCAUGAUGCAAGAAUCUGGGACUGAAACUAAAAGUAAUGGGUCAGCCAUCCAGAAUGGAUCCAGCGGCAGCAAUCACUUGCUAGAGUGCAGUGCCCUCCGCGAGGGCCGUGCCAACGGGGAAGCUCCAGCUGUAGAUCUGGGGGCAGCCGACCUCGCUCACGUGCAGCAGCAGCAGCAGCAGCAGCAGGCCUUGCAGGUGGCCAGGCAGCUCCUCCUUCAGCAGCAGCAGCAGCAACAACAACAACAGCAGCAGCAGCAGCAGCAGCAGCAGCAGCAGCAGCAGCAAGUUAGUGGAUUAAAAUCUCCCAAGAGGAAUGACAAACAGCCAGCUCUUCAGGUUCCCGUGUCAGUGGCUAUGAUGACACCUCAAGUUAUCACUCCCCAGCAAAUGCAGCAGAUCCUCCAGCAGCAAGUGCUGAGCCCUCAGCAGCUCCAGGUUCUCCUCCAACAGCAGCAGGCCCUCAUGCUCCAACAGCAGCAGCUUCAAGAGUUUUAUAAAAAACAACAAGAACAGUUGCAGCUUCAACUUUUACAACAACAACAUGUUGGGAAACAGCCGAAAGAGCAACAGCAGGUGGCUACCCAGCAGUUGGCUUUUCAGCAGCAGCUCUUACAGAUGCAACAGCUCCAGCAGCAGCACCUCCUGUCUUUGCAGCGUCAAGGCCUCUUAACCAUCCAGCCCGGGCAGCCUGCCCUUCCCCUCCAGCCACUUGCUCAAGGCAUGAUUCCAACAGAACUGCAGCAGCUCUGGAAAGAAGUGACAAGUGCUCACUCGGCAGAAGAAACCACGGGCAACAAUCACAGCAGUUUGGAUCUGACCACGACAUGCGUCUCUUCCUCUGCACCUUCCAAGACCUCCUUAAUCAUGAACCCCCAUGCCUCUACCAAUGGACAGCUCUCGGUCCACACUCCCAAAAGGGAAAGUUUGCCCCAUGAGGAGCACCCCCAUAGCCAUCCCCUCUACGGACACGGGGUGUGCAAGUGGCCAGGCUGUGAAGCUGUGUGUGAAGAUUUCCCAUCAUUCCUAAAACAUCUCAACAGUGAGCAUGCGCUGGACGAUAGAAGUACAGCUCAAUGUAGAGUACAAAUGCAGGUUGUACAGCAGUUAGAGCUACAGCUUGCAAAAGACAAAGAGCGCCUGCAAGCCAUGAUGACACACCUGCAUGUGAAGUCCACAGAACCCAAAGCUGCCCCUCAGCCCCUAAAUCUGGUAUCAAGCGUCACACUUUCCAAGUCCGCGUCCGAGGCUUCUCCACAGAGCUUACCUCAUACUCCAACCACCCCCACGGCCCCUCUGACUCCCGUCACCCAAGGCCCCUCCGUCAUCACCACCACCAGCAUGCAUUCGGUGGGACCCAUCCGCAGGCGGUACUCAGACAAAUACAACGUGCCCAUUUCUUCAGCAGAUAUUGCGCAGAACCAAGAAUUUUAUAAGAACGCAGAAGUUAGACCACCGUUCACGUAUGCAUCUUUAAUUAGGCAGGCCAUUCUUGAAUCUCCAGAAAAGCAGCUAACACUAAAUGAAAUCUAUAACUGGUUCACACGAAUGUUCGCAUACUUCCGACGCAAUGCAGCCACGUGGAAGGGUGCCAUUCGCACCAACCUCUCACUGCAUAAGUGCUUUAUCAGAGUAGAGGAUGAGUUUGGGUCCUUUUGGACAGUUGAUGAUGAAGAGUUUAUACGUGGCCGCCAUAUUCAACGAGGCCGUCCUCGCAAAUACUACCCCGAUGAAAACUUUGACGAGCUUGUCACACAUAACCCUUCCCUUAUUAAAAACAUGCAGAGCAGCCAUGCCUACUGCACACCUCUUAACGCUGCGUUACAGGCUUCCAUGGCUGAGAAUAGUAUACCUCUAUACACUACCGCCUCCAUGGGGAAUCCCACUCUGGGCAACUUGGCCAGCGCAAUCCGGGAGGAGCUGAACGGGGCCAUGGAACAUACCAAUAGCAACGAGAGUGACAGCAGUCCAGGCAGAUCUCCUCUGCAAGCUGUGCAUCCUGUACACGUCAAAGAAGAGCCCCUGGAUCCAGAGGAAGCUGAAGGGCCUCUGUCCUUAGUGACAACAGCUAACCACAGUCCGGAUUUUGACCAGGACAGAGAUUACGAAGAUGAAGCAGUACAUGAGGACAUGGAGUGAACAUCUGGGUGGGCUGACUCCCCCCUCCUCCUCUUCCUCCUCCCUGCUCCCCCCACCCCAGAGUGAAGAUCGGAAAAAAAUAAAAGGAAAACAAAACAAACAAACACACAACACGUCAGAAGUUACAGUGAAGUCGUUCUCCAUUUGUUGUACAGUCUGGAGGAUUUUUCACUACAUUUUGACAACUCUGAAAUGUGUUAACUCUUAGUGCCAUCGAGAAUCCCAUUUGGGAGUAUUUUUGAUUUUUCUACUUUUUGUUGAAAACAGGAAUUUGUACUCUGUGCAUCGGAUGGACUUGUUUGGUACUGGGGAUUUUCCUCUCAACAGUCAACAUCAGUGUUGUAUAUUUGCUGAUCGGAUUCACUUUUUAGCAGCAGACUUUGAACUGCAGUCCUUGCCAACAUUGGACACUGAGGACGGCCUACUUGAGCUUGUGCCCUUGAGCUGUAGACCAAGCCUUUACCCAGAAUUCAAGGAUUUCAAUGGACGACCUAUUUGCACAGUACUGCAUGUUGAAUGAAUAUCACUGCCUUUUAACUCUUUUUUGUUUUUGUUUGUUUUAAUUUUUUUUCUUCCAGUUGGGAUGGGAAAGGCCUUUGUGUGUGUGUAUUGGGGGGAGGGGUUAAAAAAUAAUUAUCCCAGACUUUUUAAUGUAUUGCUUUUUUUUUUUCCUCCUUUGCUUCUACUAUACCAUUUUUAAGUUCUGACCUCAGGCCUCCAUUUGGGGCCCAUGGCCUCUUAGAGGCUUCAAGUUUUCUGUACCUUGUGAUGAAUGUUAAUAGGUGUUUUUAUUAUACAAAGCUGAAUGUCAUUUCUUGUUUGUAGUUUUCUGUCACUCAUUCCAUUUUUUUCCCACAGAUAUCUCCACGUUUCUCUCAAGUCAGAAAACAUUCCGGGUAUUUUUUUUUUUUUUUUUGGUUUUUCAUUUUUUUUUUCAGUCUUUUUCAAAAACUAAAACAAAACAAAAAAAGUCCCAAAUGCUGCACUCUACCAUGAAAGCCCCUCACAUAGGCGUGUGACACCCUGCCAGAAAGAGAAUGAAUGACAGAAGAAGAAGAAAAAAAUAGAGACGCACUCUUGGAACAAUGCAGACUCAUUCCACAAAGCAGUAUUGAGGGUAGUAAGGGAAUUGUUUUGGAGUUCUUUUUUUUUUUUUUUUUUUUUAAGAAAAAAAAAUUCUAGUAGCCAUCAUUCUAAAUGACUGCCACAGCAUUCUACCAAGUCAAGGAAACAUAGACAGCACUAGAAAGAAUAAUAAUAAUGAAACGAACCCUUAAUAAUGACCCUGACAAUGUGGCCGAGAAAGUGGAGAGAGCCAGUGGACUCGUGUGAUUAUAGCCAGCCCGGGUUGCUUUGUUUGGGGUAAAAAAAAAAAAAAAAAAAGACCAAAAGGCGGCCAGCUUCUCUGAGCAACUUUGCUGUGUGUGGUAGCCUGGUAUAUCUAUAAUUCAGACCUGCUUGGUGGCAUUAAUCUGUUGGAAUGCAAAUGAGACUUGUUAUGGGGAGUUAAUGAGGACGGAGUUCAGCAAAUACUAAAGUGUUCAUUUCAAAUGUGCAAAUUCCGUACUGCAGUUCAGUUUGCUAUGCAAUGGAUUCACACCACCCCGGUAUCACAAACUAACACAAGAUGACAUCAGGGUGACAAGGGCUCCUGGCAACCCAGGCUUCAGGAGACCCACACUGGUCCUCAGAACAUGAUAGCUCUGGGUCAGUAUGUCCUCGGUCCUGGCCAACCCUUCUAGACUUCCACUUUGCACCCCAUACCCACUUACCCCGUCAUUUAUUUAUCUGGGACCGUAGCUUUCAUUCUGUUUUAGUUUGAGAACCUUCCCCCCCCCCAACCCACCCCAGAGGUUAAUUUAUAUUCUUUGUACCUUUUAUUUCUAAAAUUACCAAAGAUGUUACACAAAGGUAAAUUAAGUUCUCUGUUUUAUGCUUUAUCUAAUGAAGCCAAAUAUCCUCUUCUUGUUGAUCCAAGGAGGUGAAAGAAUUUAGAGGCAAAUGGUAGAAACAGGCUAUUGCUAAUCCGGGAAAGAGAACUGCUCCUUCGUCCUAGCAGAGUAAAUUUAGUAGACCAAGUAGGUAAUGGAACCAAAGUUGUUACUUUUUCCUAGUUCUUCUUCUCCUUCUUCUUCUUCUUCUUCUUCUUUUCUUUCUUGUUUUUCUGCACCUGAACAGAGACCAAAACUCAAGUCUUGAAAGACUGAAGAUUAAAAACAGCACACAUUUCUACUUGCUACAAAGGAAUGGAGUCCCCUGUCCAAAAAAGAAAGAAAUGAAUGUAUGCCACUGAAAAUUAGGAUAGCCAGCAGAGGAGACAGGAUGAAAUUCAGAACAGAAAAGCGACAAUUAAACUAGACCACCUUAGUAAUAGUUUUAGAAAAAAAAAAUUUAGUAUUUUUUUAAAAAAGAUCAUGCACCACUUUUGUUUAAGGAAUGUGUUGUAUUCCUUGUUCCCUACAUCCAUUUUGGUUUACCUUGAUCUAUAUUCCCAGUUUUCGUGGUUUUUUUUUUUAAUUUCUAGUUGCUUUGUUUUUAUUAUUUGUUUAUUUGGAAUAUGCUUUGGUCAGCAUUUUUCAUGUGAGCAAAAAGUAACACUCCCAUCCGCUCCGAUGCUUGGUGCAAAACCAUCUUUGGCAGUUUCUCUGGGAGCCUCCCUCUGCUUUCUGUCACAAGGGUAGCGUGUGGCCACUCGUGGCUGCUUUUUCCUUCUGCCAGGCAACUUCAUGGCGUGCAGGCAGUAGCCGGCUAGGGUCAAGGGAAGGGAGCCCUGCGCUUCUAAACUGAGUGGUUGCUGGUUAGUUCGGUAUUCAAAAGAGGAUAAAAAUCUGGUAGAUUAGUUCAUCCUGAGCAUGUGUAGCUAGACAUGAGUAAAGAGAACAGCAUGAAAAACUGUUAGUACGCAUACCUCAGUUCAAACCUUUAGGGAAUGAUUAAAAUUAAAAAAAAAUACAUUUCACUCAGUUGCACUUAGUCGUACGUCUUGCAUGCUUAGUCUAAAGACUGUAGCAAAAACAAAAAACAAAAAAAAGAAAAAAAGAAAAAUUAGAUUUUUUUACAAAUCUUUGCAGGUCUCACAGCCUUGCAGAAGAACCAACUGAAAAAAAAAAAUUCCUCAGGCUUUACAGCAAGCAAAUUUCACUAUGAUUUUUACAGUUCUGAUUCUGUAUCCCUUGGGGGGGUGUUCCAGUCGCUUCUUUAGGAUGGGGUUUAUUAUGUUGUACAUAUAUCCCGACAAUGUGUCUGUGAAUCUUUGUCUUUUUUGGGGGAGGGCGGAGGGUGGUUCUUUUUUUAGAUAUUGUUCCUAAAAAGGAAUAAAUGCAUACACCUGUUUGUCAAAACACCUUUGCUUUUUUUUUUGUGCAACUGCUUUAUAUUUACAAUAUUAAAAAAUAUAUAUAUAUCUUUGGGAAAAAAAUACUACUGUAUGUAUUGGAACUGCAGAAUUUGCUGCACAUGUAUUUUAUUUUAGGUAUCCUUGCUUUAUGAAUCUUGGAUGACAUUUCCUGACAUGUGGGAGGGAGAAACUCCCUAAGUUUAUUAUUAUUAUUAUUAUUUUUGCUUUUAAAUUGUAACAUAGUUGACAGAUUCCCCCCCCCCCCCCAUUCUCAUUGAUUGGAGCAUUUUGUACAGGUUUUUGUGUGUGUGCGCGCGCGUGUGUGCGUGUGUUAAAUAUGUUUUUUGAUACA